CGAAAACACCCUCGACUGACCCAAAUCAGCCCUAAUCUUUCGCAAGAAUACCCAGGAUGUUCAUCAGCUUCUUUGCCUGUCUGUGUCUCUAUCUGAUUUUCUCUUCAUCCACUGAUAUGGCAUCGCAGUUUGUGUUCGGAUCCGCCUCCUUCGGUCUGUGAGAAGCCAUCUCUGCUAAUACUCAGGUUGUUUACAUGAGAAAGCUUAUUUUACUGUGGCUGGUUACAUUUGCCAAUAUAGUAGAGAAAAUGGCCUUCUUAUUUUUUCCUCCCAUCUGAGGGAAGAGGUUUGAGUGGUUGAUGUGUACUUCAUCGAAGUUUGCACCCAUAACUCCACUGCAUGGAAGAUCACUCAUUUGCUGUUGGUCAAGAAUUCCCUGACGUUAAAGCAUUCCGCAAUGCAAUUAAAGAAGCAGCCAUUGCACAGCAUUUUGAGCUUCAUAUCAUUAAAAGUGACCUGAUUCGUUACUUUGCUAAGUGUGCAUCAGAUGGCUGUCCAUGGCGCAUUCGUGCUGUCAAGCUCCCUAAUGCCCCCACCUUUACCAUUAGAAGUCUUGAGGGGACACAUACUUGUGGGAGAAAUGCACAUAAUGGGCACCACCAGGCUUCUGUUGACUGGAUUGUGAGUUUUAUCGAGGAAAGAUUGCGAGAUAAUAUCAAUUACAAACCAAAAGAUAUUUUACAUGACAUCCAUAAACAAUAUGGGAUAACAAUACCAUAUAAGCAAGCUUGGCGUGCAAAGGAACGUGGUCUUGCUGCAAUAUAUGGCUCCUCUGAAGAAGGAUAUUGCCUACUUCCUUCGUAUUGUGAGCAGAUAAAGAAUACUAAUCCUGGAAGUUUUGCAGAGGUAUUUACUGCAGGGUGCAGAUAACCGUUUUCAGAGGCUUUUUGUUUCUUUCUAUGCAUCCAUAUAUGGUUUCCUGAAUGGUUGUUUGCCCAUUGUUGGACUUGGCGCUAUCCAACUGAAAAGCAAAUAUCUUAGCACAUUCCUUUCAGCAACUUCAUUUGAUGCUGAUGGUGGGUUGUUCCCACUUGCAUUUGGUGUUGUUGAUGUUGAAAACGAUGAAAGCUGGACUUGGUUUUUGUCCCACUUGCACAAGACGCUUGAGGUGAAUACUGAAACUAUACCACCAAUUAUAUUUUGUCAGAUGGACAGAAAGGUAUUAUGGAUUCAGUAAGAAUGAAGUUCCCUAAUUCUUCUCAUGCAUACUGCAUGCGUCACUUAAGUGAAAGUAUUGGCAAAGAGUUCAAGAAUUCUAGGCUUGUCCAACUUCUGUGGAAGGCAGCAUAUGCCACCACAACCUCUGCUUUUAGAGAAAAAAUGGCUGAAAUAGAGGAGGUUUCUCCUGAAGCUGCUAAAUGGUUACAGCAAUUUCACCCUUCUGAAUGGUCCCUAGUACAUUUUGAAGGAUCACGAUAUGGUCAUUUGUCCUCUAACGUUGAACAGUUCAAUAGAUGGAUCUUUGAAGCCCGGGAAUUGCCAAUCAUUCAGGUGAUUGAGCGGAUUCAUAACAAGCUUAAGACUGAGUUUGAUGACAGGCGUUUAAAGAGCAGUUCAUGGUUCUCUGUACUCGCUCCAUCUGCUGAGAAACGAAUGAUCGAAGCUAUUAGUUGUGCGUCCACAUAUCAAGUCCUUAGAUCAGAUGAAGUGGAAUUUGAAGUUCUCUCGGCUGAUCGCUCAGAUAUUGUAAAUAUUGGUAAUCGUAGCUGUUCCUGCCGUGAUUGGCAGCUAUAUGGAAUACCGUGUUCUCAUGCUGUUGCAGCUCUGAUCUCAUGUAGAAAGGAUGUCUAUGCUUUUAGUGAGAAGUGUUUUACUGCUGCUAGUUACAGGGAGACCUAUGCAGAGGAAAUAUAUCCAAUCCCUGAGAAACUUGAAUGGAGAAAAACAGAUGAGGCUUCCAUUGAUGACAAAACCCUAGUUGUACGGCCACCAAAAUCUCGGCGACCACCAGGGCGCCCUGAGAAGAAAAGAAUUUGUGUUGAGGACCUUAAUCGAGAGAAGCAUACAGUGCAUUGUAGUCGGUGUAAUCAAACUGGACAUUACAAGACAACGUGCAAAGCGGAGAUUAGUAAUAGUAGAACAGUUUUAGGUGUCUGACUUUGUACUCUUAGGUCACUUGGACUAGCAUGGUUAGCUUCUAGGGACGCAAGUUUAACGAUAUACGCAUUACUUUGGCUAUGUAAGAAAGUUAUUCCAUUUUAAUCAAUCUGCAUGUGUAAACUAAAGUAACUUUGAAGAUUGGCAGGUUUGUUAUCAAAAGCCAUAAUGGAGAUGGAAUAUGUCAAGAAUGAAAUAAGAGGGUUAAAAUAUCUUCCCAAGUGCCUUUGUUACAAGAAGUA